UGUGCAUUGUCAGGGCUGUGAUAGGGAAAUUGGUGUCGAGUACCAGUCGUCGACCUCGAUCCGGUCUCUUUUUCUCCUCGUGGAUAUCGCCAUGAAGGCCCAAGGACAGCUGAAGGAGUUUCAGGUGAUCGGUCGAGCCCUCCCGACCGACAAGGAGCGCCUGCCGGCGCUCUACAAGAUGCGGAUCUUCGCGACAGAGGAGGUGUCGGCCAAGUCGCGCUUCUGGUACUUCAUCAAGAAGCUGAAGAAGAUCAAGAAGACCAAGGGGGAGAUCGUCUCCUGCCGGAAGAUCUACGAGACCAAGCCAACCAAGAUCAAGAACUUUGGCAUUUGGCUUCGGUACGACUCUCGCAGUGGGACUCAUAACAUGUACAGGGAAUACCGUGACCUGACCACGGCUGGCGCAGUCACUCAAUGCUACCGUGACAUGGGAGCUCGUCACCGCGCCCGGGCCUCCUGCAUCCAGAUCAUGAAGGUGGAGACGGUGUCGGCCAAGAAGUGCCGACGGGCCAACAUCAAGCAGUUCCAUAACUCCAAGAUCAAGUUCCCCUUGACUCACCGUACCCAGCGUACCUUCAGGCCCAUCUUCACCACCAGAAGGCCCAACACCUGCUUCAAGUAGACACCCCUUACAGAAGACGUGAUAACUGUCCACCUCACGGAGGGGAAAAUGGCUCAACAAGAUAGGGUCUUGUGGGAUCAACUGUAGCCUUACACACCAGCCGUUAAGAUUACCUCUCCAAUCGAGAGAGGGCAUACAUGUAUAUUACAGUGUUUGUGGUGGAAUUGGUGAAUAAAAGACUUUGAAAGAAAUCAUCCAAUCUA